GGGGGACAGGUCGCUGGGUAGCUGUUUGAAAAUGACAUGACAGCGAUUGCUUCGUUAAAGUUCCUCCAGCGCAAAAAUACGUUAAAGUUAUACUGUAGGUCUAAACAUCACUAUUAUAAAUUCAUACACAGUUCCAACACCGUUAUCAAUUGCUACCGCCAGUGCCAACAUGCCAAAACAAAUACACACAAAAUAUCACGCCAUAAAGCCUGUCCAGUGGAAUCUAGAAGUCAGUGGGAAGGGCGGAAGAGGCCAGGAAGGGGUAAGGGGUAACUUUUAAAUUUGAACAGCCUAAGCAAAAAGCCAGUGUCAUUGCAAGGUGCAACCAAUCAAUAGGAACGAGUAAAGGUGAACUGGUAAGGCACAUUAAUCAAUAGAAGAAUCAAUACAUUUUACAAUAUGGAAGGUGCAGUGGGCCACUUAAACGACCAUGAUUAUCUACAUAUAUCAAGACCAAGUGGAAUUUGGGCACCACAAAGCAUAACCCAUAUAGUUUUGCAAAUAUUACAAAAACUAAGACCAAGAAAUACAGUGACAUUUCAAUUCAAUCUAAUGCUGAAGUUCAUUGCCCACAUUUCUCAACAUGAAACAAACUGGCUGGCCGUAGUCAGCAGUAUGAUGGAGAACAUGCCUAUUGAUUCUUAUACGAUUACUGCGAUCGUAAUUAUAAUGCGCGCUAUACCGAGUCCAAAUGUAACUACAGUUAACAUGUUACUGCACGAGCAACACCAUUUGUCCGCGCACCGCGCUGUGGCGCCCUACCUUUGUAUUCGAAGAGAGAACAACAUCUGCGUUGUUCUCAACUGCUUAGUGGAGAAGUUGAUAAAUAGUAGAAAUCAUAAUGAUCUGGAGUUACAAAUGAGAGCUUUACUUGCACUUGAAAAAUUUGCUGUCACCAAUGAUAAUAAGGCAAAGAUAUUGGAAAAACUUGCACAAAUAAACAAAAAUCAUUUAACUAAUUUGGAGAUGUUCCUUGCGGAUACUGCUAACGAAUAUUCAGUUCGCCGUGAAAUUGGAUAUUGCGCCAGAUGGGCGCUGGAUAAUAUUUUUCCGAAACCAGGCAGACAAUUGUCCUAUGAUACAGUGGACAUAACAACUAUAAAUGGUAUGCUUAAAAAUGAUAGUGGAAAUAUCUAUCUGAAGUAUUCACCAGAUCUUAUGGAAAUUAGGAAUGAUACCAUAUUGUCUCAAACAUUACAUGGGACCUGUGAGGUGGAGGAAGGAAUGUGGUACUACGAGAUUACCUUGGUCACCAAGGACUCC